UUUCUUCCCUCGUCCGUGUUCACGUUACAGCUGUCCCACGUGCGCGCGUUGGCCGCCGGUGGCAAUCACCUUCCUUCCACGAGAAAUUGGAGGAGAGCUUUCCCAGGGGUGGUUCACCACCCACGCCGGUCACCCCUACGCCGACCACCGUGCAGCAAUUGUUGCGCAGAGCGCAGAUACGCAGGAACGAGAGACGAACGCCCGAUCCCCACGAUGAGACGGCGAAGAAGCCGAGGGUGCUCUCGCCACCGCUCAACAACAACGACGCGACGCCCACCGAUUUCUCGAUGGGCGUGAAGAACAACCACGUGUCGAGCAAGGUGGAGGGGAACGGGGUCCACGAGGAGAACAGCCCCCUCGAGGACAAUAUCAAGUGCGAGCCGUUGGAGCUGACAGGUGGUAACAGCGGUAACGCCGCAGGCAACAACGAGGACUCGUCCGAUUCAGGGGCGGCGGCGUCCGACCGGCCGCCCGCGUCGGCGAGCAGCAACGAGCACGAGGCCGAGUCCGAGCACACGUCCACCCCCAAUUUUUUGUCCGAGACGAAAAUCUUCCCGCCCACGCCGGGGAGCUUUAAUUUCAGUAUGGCGGCGUUGGCCACCGAGCAUACACCGUUGUCAGUGAAAUUUCCAGGAAUGGGGCACGGGUUGCAACCACCGGACUUGGCAGGAACUUCGCAAGGUACGGGCAACGGGAUGCAUCCAGCACCGGUGACGCCUCCCUCUGCCAUGUACCGGAUGCCGCCGCCUACGGCGGGCGGUAUAAACGAGCCUCAGGAAUGCCCGUACUGCCGUCGCAACUUCUCAUGCUACUACUCCCUGAAGCGUCAUUUCCAGGAUAAGCACGAGCAAUCGGACACCCUCUACGUAUGCGAGUUCUGCAACCGCAGGUACCGCACCAAGAACUCGCUCACCACGCACAAGAGCCUGCAGCACCGUGGCUCGAGCGGUAUGCUCAAGAGGCUGCUCAAGACGACGGCGAUCAAGAACGUUCUAGGCAGCAUGCAGCACGCCCAGAUGCAGCAGCAGCCGCAAUGAAAAUGUCGGAACAGCCGUCUUCUUACAGCCUGCCCCCCGUCCCGGACACCGUGCAACAACACCGUGAUCCUCAUCAUCAUCAUCGUCAUCAUCAUCAUCAUCGUCAUCGUCGUCAUCGUAAUCGUC